AUGGGUGACCACAAUGAGGAAGAGAUGUUUCCAUCACUCGAUGAUGAUGGCCUUCUUGACAUCCAGGAGGUUGAUCCAUUAAUCAUGAAUCCAAUGCUUCUUUCAUCCAAAAAAUUCGAUAACGAUAAACCUCCGGACUUAAUUAAACUCGCUGGAGACUCUGAAGAGCUCCGCGACAUUGCUAUCAAAAUGAAGAAGUUAUUUGAGACGGAAGGAUUCGUUAAAUACAGUCGUGAAAACCGAGCAGAUUUGGAAUUCGUUAUAAGAACAUUUGCCUACCAGGUUUCGAAAUUAGCACAACAAUCUAUCGCUCCAAUCGCAAGUGUAGCAUCAGCGCCUGCAAAUAAAGGAAAAGAUGCAAACCAAAAAGAAAAAGCUCAGAUUUCUCAAGAAGACUUCCAGAAACUCACACGCGAACUCUUAAAAGUCCAGCAAGAAGCUGCUGACCUUGAUGCUCGCUAUAAAAUAUCAGAACGUACAAAAGAAGCUCUUCGUAACGAAUUGAAGCAAACACGCGAAGAAAACAAUGCGAUGGCACAAAAGGUUGCCGAGCUUAAUCAUUCUCUCUCAAAGGAAAGAGCUUCUUACGAUAAUAUUAUCCAAAAUCUUAAGAAAGAUUUAAGUACAGCACAAGAUGCCGAACGCGAAGCUAAGGACAAGCAAUCAAUGGCCGAGUUUAAUGUUACCCGUCUCGAGCGUCAAAUUGAUGACUUAAACCAAGAACUCGCAAAUGAAAAAUCGAAUAACGUCGUUACUCGCGCCAAGAUCGAUGCACGUAGCAUCAAAGUUGCUAAUUAUAAGGAGCAGCUUCAGGCUCAAUCAUCAGAAUUGCAUCAUCUCGAAGCAGAAAAUGAAGAUUUGAAGAUGCAAAAUGGCGAAUUAAUGAAUAAGAUCGAAAGCAUGUCCAAUGAAUUGGAAGAACUCAAACCAGAAAAUCUUGCGGCUCAAAAGUCAGAAAAUGAACGUGUAGCUAAGGCAUUAGCUCAAAUUACUUCACUUUGCCAGAGCCAAGCAGAUGAAAUCAACCAAUUAUACAAAUUCAGAACAAAGACAUUAGAUCUCGUUCACAAACAAAACGAAUACAUCGGAACUCUUACAAAUGAACUAACAGAAACACAAAUAGCUCUCGAGCAAAGCAACGAUGCCAGCCAAACAUACGAAACACCUGUUAAAUCACGCGAUAUUACACUAGAAGAGCAGCCAUCUUACAAGACUCAGACAAUUAUCGAAAGAGAUACAUUAGAGCCAAUAAGAGAACUCCUCCGCGACCAAUACGGUGAUCUUGAUAAUGCUGGUGUACAACAAGUUGUCGAAGACCUCCUUAAUUCUAAGGAAAAACAAAAAGAAACAAAUUAUACUCCAGAAUUACUUAAUAUCAUCGAAAACCAGCUCAGAUUCAUCAACAACCUUGCUCGCAGUGGCAAGAUGCAGCUCUUCUUACUCUCAUCUCCAAAGGCGAACGAGACAUUAAUUGAAUCUCAAUCUUUCCGCCAAGAUGUAGCCGUUGAAGUUGCCAGAUGCAGACAAUUCCUAUCAGAGCACGAUCUCAUGCCAGAAUCAGACCUUCCUCCUCCAGACAUGGCUGAAAAAGAUUUCGAGAAAAUUUCAAAUUCCGAAAACAAGCGUAAGGACUUCGAUGUUGCCUCUUUCAGUGCAUUGUCCAGCGAGUUAAUACGCAGAUUAAGCGAAUCCCUUAUCGAUCAGAACAACGAACUCGUUACAAGGAUCAAAUCUGCAUCCGAAAUCAUCAAUUUCGAAGGAACUCCACUUGAGUCCCUCGACUCGAUCAUUAACCAACUUAAGUCGACCAGAGUAUUCACGAAGAACUGCAAAGAUGUCCUUGAAGAAGAAUUUGAUUACAAUAAUCUUGAUGAUUCCUUCUCAAAGAUCUUCCCAUUCGUCAAACAGAUGUCAGGUAUCAGAACAUCCCUUGAAAACGACCUCAGAACUGUCAUCAACUUCGAUGGACCAAUCGAGGAAGUUCCCCUCCGAUCAUCUCAAUUGAUCCAACAGAUUCAGAACGAAUUCGAUUCAUUGGAAGUUUCCACUGUCAAUGACAUGAAGAACCAGUUGCAAGCUGUCCACGAACAGCUCGAGAACGAGAAGGAAACAAGUACAAAUGUCAUUAACAACUUGGAAAUGAAUUUGCAACAGAAACAAAACGAAUUAAAAGAAGCCGAAGAAAGAUUCGCAAACAUACAGAAAGAACUCAAAGAAAAUCAGGACACAUUAGCAGACACUAAACAGAACUUGCAGAGUACAGAAAACAAACUUACUUUGUUACAAGGAACUUACGAUGAUUUAGAAAACGAAAUGAAACGCGUAAGAGAAGAAAACGAAUCAUUGCAAAAGGAAACACAAGACAGACAACAGAAAUACGACCAAAGAGUAUCACAACUUAUAAACCAGGAGAAGGAACAACACGAUCAAGAUGUAAAAUCUUUGACAGAAAAAUUCAAUGAAAAAAUUGACAAAGUUCAGAAACAACUUGACACAAAAAGUGCCAAAUUGGCCGAAGCCAAGAGUACCUUAAAGCAGUUAAUUAAUGAAUAUGAUGUAGCAUUUAGGAAACAGAAAGAGACAACAGCAGCUUUGAGAACACAAAACCAAGCUUUGAUGCAAAGAAUUAAUGAAGGAUCAAUUGGUUCUAAAUCCAAAGGAAAGACAACAACGAAAGAAGAAGCACUUACAAGUGAAGUCAAAGGAUUACAAGCGGAAAGACAGAUAUUACUUGGAAGAAUCGACCAGCUCUCUGCACGUGUUGAUCAAGCACAAAAAGCAAGAGAUUCUUAUUGGCAAAGUCAGCUUGAAAUUAAAGAAAACGAAAUCAGCCAAACCAAGAAAGAUCUCGAGGAAGUUGCAAAGGAAGCACAUCAGAAUUAUUUGGCCAAACUGUCUGCUGUUUUGGAACAGUUUGCUCCUGCUGAUUUCGAUGGAAAUGACCAACAAAUUUUGGAUUUGAUACAAUCUUUGGCUGAUAAAUUAGAAAACGCUGAAAGCCAGAUUAUUGCUUUGAAGAGGAAAGUUAAUUCCCCGAAGAAAGAAGAGAAUCCAAGUGAACAAGUUUCUAAAGCUGUUGCUGCUAUUAAAUCUGUUGACGAAUGGGAGAAAUGGUGCAAGAGUUUGAUCCAAAAUGUUGCUCACGAAAUUCCUCCAACAGAUGCAAAUAAGAUGAGAAAGAAAGUCUCUGAUUUAUGCAUAGCUGGAUCUGCUAAUAAAUCAGCAGAAAUAAUAUCAAGCUUGAGAUUACAGAAGGAGAUAUUCGUGAAAGGUGCAGCAAAUGCAAAACCAACUGUUUUCUAUGGUUGCAAAGGUUUAUUCUUGGCAACAUGGUUCGCUGUCAAGAUGUCAAGGAAUUCUGGCCAGACAUCUACAAUAGCAGCUCCUAAUUCAAGAAGCUUCGUGUCUUUCGUUUAA